CAGUAGCCCGCCACACAUUUCAGCCAGCUCAGUCGACCCCGAGAGGAAAACCUAGCCGCCGGGGCCUCAUGGCGCUGGCGUCGCGGCAAGGCGGAGGACGUCCCUCUCCGGCGGCGUUUCCUUCAUCAAUGAAAUAUGUACACUCAUAUCUUGAGCCGGCGGAUCUCCACUGUGCCGCGCUCCCUACAACUCCCCAGGGCGCCUCUGCUCCACACCUUCCUGCUUCUCUGGCUCCUCUGGAAGCAGCCUGAAUGCGGAGGUGUUCGAGAGUCAGCCAUCCUCUCAGCACGGAGGCAUGUGGCCACGCGAGAUGGAUGCUCAAGUGGUACAUAUAAUAAGUGGCAACAAAUCAGAGGAAGAAAGAAUACCUGUAUCUUGUAUGCCUCCUUUAAAGACAACAAGGUGAUAAUAAUCACACCAAGGCCGAAGCUUAUGCGAGCUCUGAAACUAACGAAGAUCCACGAGAAAAAAGUGAGCUAGGGAGUCGUCACCAUGGAUGGUCACCAAGUUGCGAUGAACAUGACGAAGGCGCUGGAGGCCUUGUCCCCCUACCUCGAGAAUCCCCGGCAGAUAGUCAUCCGGAGCGAAGCUUUCGUGGUUGCGGCAGCCGCGAUGCUGUUCCUGCAACUCAUGCUCGGUCCUUGGCGCCGGCGGUUCGUCCAAGGUACUCUCUGGGUAGCUUACACGGCCUCCUUCCCUCUCAUCACCUACACCCUUGGUCAGAUGGUGACCUCGCCCGUGAAGAACAUGCUGUAUCCUGUUUGGGCUGUGAUCCUCUUUUGGGCAGCCGGGUGCGCCAACGCCUUAAUGGCUUACAGUAUCGAAGACAACAGGCGGUGGAAGCGGUACCUCUUUGAGCUCCUGCAGUAUAUGGUGUAUCUAUCCGUUAUAUUCAAGCUGUUUAAUGCUGGACAUCCUUUUGCUGAGCGAAUGGUUUCUACGCAUCCAAUCGUUUUUACUCUUUCUUUGCUAACGUGCAUGGCGUUUUGGGCCAAUCUGUAUAGAGUAGUUGCUGGUUGGAUGGUCACAAAUUCUACUCCCAGCAAAUUAGUAGCCGACUACAUGAGGGCUCAGGUUCAGGCCAACACAAGAUCUAGAGCUGCUCAGGAGGAGACUUUCACAAUGAGCGGCUGCAAAUACCUUGUCCAGCAUCCUUUUAUGGAAGACAACCCAUGUGAUGACCAUCGUGCCAUCACCAUUGAGGCGAUCUGGGGCAUGCCAUUUGAUGGGGACAGUCUGCUAGAAAAGCAGCUGAGAGAUGUAUGCCUCUCGUUUGCUCUGUCUCACCUGCUGCGACGCCGCUACUUUGGAUUGGAUUGUGCUGAAGCCGGACUACCCAAGACGCUCCUGUUUGCACUUGAUGGUUUGUUGCCGGAAGAGGAUCAAGUCAACCAUUACUCAGGAGCAUUUCAUGUCAUCGAGGUAGAAUUGGGCUUCCUCUAUGACUCAUUGUUCACAAAGUAUGCAACACUCUUUCUCUUAGAGAGCAUUUUCCUUAUGCUGGUUAUCUUCAAAUUGAUUUGCGCAUCUGUCUGUGGAGUAGUUUUGAUUGCAUAUCCCCCCACUGUCAAAACACCUGACCCUAUAAUUGAGGUUGGCACAAGAAGGGUUGACGUUACAGUUACAGUCCUGAUAGUGGGAGCUCUCCUUGUAUUUGAACUUUUGGAGGCUAUUCUCUAUCUGACAUCGGAUUGGGCCACUGUUUCACUCGCUUGCAGCUAUACUAGAGGAGAUCAAGGCAAACCCAUUCCGUCCAUCAUUCUGUUUCUUAGAAGGUUCAAGUUUGUGAAUAUUCUGAGCAGGAGGAUUAAUUUGUUUGGAUAUUGGCAAAAUAAGAUGGGCCAAUCAUCUGUAAUUGGACACAACUUGUUUGUCCAUCGGCUCUAUGUGGGCCACAUGAGAGGAGACCUUGUGAGCAGUGCUCUACAUCAAGCAUACAACCUCAUUUGUUUAAUGAUAUUUCCAGUGAAGAACUUCGUGGCGGUUCCUGAUUUGGUCAAGACCUAUAUAGUUUCUUGCUUGCGGAUAUAUGGCACAGAUGGUGGUUCCCUUGCUAAUGGAAUAGCGUCACUGCAGCGUAAUGGUGUACUUGGAGAUUUCUCCUCUACACUGGAAAAGGAUAGCCAGAUAAAAGUGAUGCUUAUUUGGCACAUCGCAACUGAGUACUGCAAUAUUGCGAUUUUCAAUGGGGCAGAGGAGGGGCUCCAUCAGAGUGAUGCACAGCAAGUGGCCACCACUUUAUCCAAAUAUUGUGCCUAUUUAAUGUACUUCAUUCCAGAACUGCUUGCCGAGAACUCUACAGACACACUAUUCAUCGUCCAUAACGUUGUGAAGGAAGUACAGAAUGCACUGGGUGGUGACAAACCGACUAAGGAUAGAUUGCUGAGGAUCAUCCAGGAUUCUGAAAGCAGCAGGAGAAACCAGGAUCAAACUGUUGUCAAUGAUUUCGACGGCCCUGACAACCAUGCUACCAUAAUCCACAUUCCUCCAGUUAGCAGCAACACAUAUAACAUCGUCCAUGAGUCCAGCGGCGGCAGCGAUACAAGUAAUAUCAUCCACUACUAUGACGACAGAGACAAUAACGACCACACUACCAACGCCCAAGACUCAACCACCAACAACAAUGAAGAUAGCAUCCUCAUCAGAGGAUUGAAGCUAGGGAGGGAUCUGGAGGCGAAAGAUGUUGACCUCCGCUGGAAGGUGAUGGCAGAAUUCUGGGCUGAGACCAUCAUCUACAUCGCGCCAUCUGACAAAGCCGCGGAGCACAUGGAACGCCUUGCGCAAGGAGGGGAAUUCCUUACUCAUGUCUGGGCUCUCCUCAAUCACGCAGGCAUCCUCAAUCGUGACCACAUGUUCCCAAUACCAGAACAGAUACCAACCCCAGACCAGAUGCCAACCCCCGACCAGAUGCCAACCCCAGAAGAUCGUGUGUAGUAUUGACACUGUGCGUGCUUCCUGUAUUUCUCCUUUUUGUUCUGUUUUCUUCCUCUUCAGCUCAGUUCUCAUUGUUGCUUUAUGACUCUGUUUCUUGUCUGAAAUCGUUAUGUAAGGGUAUCCAAUGUAUCAACUGCAAUCAGAGUGUGUGUGUAUUGUACUCCUUUAGGGCUUCAUUGUUGUUUCUUCAUGCUGUUUUCUGUGUUACAAUGGCUGGUCCUGUUUUCCUUUGCUGUUCAUUCUUCCACUCUUCAGCUAAUAGACU